CCGCUCCGGCUGCACGCCGCCCGCCCCGCGUCCGCCGCCGCCGCCGCCGCCGCCGCCGCUGCCGCCAUGGGAGUGCAGGUGGAGACCAUCUCCCCCGGAGACGGGCGCACCUUCCCGAAGCGCGGCCAGACCUGCGUGGUGCAUUACACCGGGAUGCUUGAAGAUGGAAAGAAAUUUGACUCCUCCAGGGACAGAAACAAGCCCUUUAAGUUUAUGCUAGGCAAGCAGGAGGUGAUCCGAGGCUGGGAAGAAGGGGUGGCCCAGAUGAGUGUGGGUCAGAGAGCCAAACUGACUAUUUCCCCAGACUAUGCCUAUGGAGCCACCGGGCACCCAGGCAUCAUCCCACCACAUGCCACUCUCGUCUUUGAUGUGGAGCUUCUGAAACUGGAAUGACAACAGUGGCCUCCUCUCUUAGCUCCCUACACAUGGAUUGGCCAUGGAGGGAUCCGGUGCCUCCAGACGCGCGCACAGGAAUCCGCGAGGAGCUGUUCCCGAUGUCCCACUACACUCUGUAUAGACAUCUACCCGACUGAAUGUGUUCCUCACUCGGCUUUGCUUCUGACACCCAUGUCCUCUUCCCUUUCCCCUUGUAUGUGUGUUUACCUGAACUAGAUGCCAUCAACCUCAAGUUACUCAUUUUGUUUUGGGGUGAAGGAUUCAGUUUCAGUCUUUUGGAUCUAGGUUUCCAAUUAAGUAUAUUGUCAAGUAUUAACAGCACAAACAAUGGGUUAGCUUUAGAAUAGGAAUUGGUGUUGGGGGGUGGGGUUUGCAAGAAUUUUUAUUUUAUUUUAUUUUUUGGAUGAAUUUUUAUCUAUUAUAUAUUAAGACAUUCUUGCUGCUGCGCUGUGAAGCCAUAGCAGAUUUGAGACGCUGUGGAGGGCUGAACUCUUCUCUGUGUGAGAGACGUCCUGUUAAAUUCCAAGCCCUGCUCAAACCGAAGUGGGGAGGGAGGGAGAGGGCUUUGCCUCCACCAGCCUCUCUCACCCUCCCCUGAAACCCACUGCCUUUUACAGCAGGUCACUUUCACUGCGAUGUUGGACACUACAGGUAUCUGUCCCUGGGCCAGCAGGGACCUCUGAAGCCUUCUUCAUGACCUGGCCUAUUUUUUUUUUUCAUCCUAUGUUUUUUCUAAAGGAUUUUCAGGGCUUUUGUAACCUCAUAACUAUUCAAGCUCCACUUCCUAAAUAUUAAGAACUUUAGUCGAAAGUUUAAAUUGAAGGUGCUGUUUGUAGACUUAACACCCAACGAAAGCCCAGUCAUCACGACAAAUCCUUGAGUGUUCUCUAAGAAAAUGAUGCUGGUCAUCGCAGCUUCUGCCUCUCCUGGGUUUUGAUGCUUGGCUCUCUGCUGAUCUCCGUUUCCUGGUUCUCCUCCCUUGUUCCCACCUCACCCUCCUGUCCUGUGUAGUGAUUUGGUGAGAGAAACUAUUGCUUUUGUCCCCAUCCCCUGCACCACAUGAGUUUCAAGUUUUAUUAUUGCAAUAAAAGUGCUUUAUGCUGGCUUUUCUCA